GGAAGUGCCCCCUCCCGGAGCUGAGGCCCAAGAUGGCGGCGCUGGCAGUGGCUGAGCGGCUCCUGGCGGAGGGGGAAGGAGGCGCGAUGGACCCGGCGCGGUUGUCGCCUCCGCCGCCUCCACAGUCCCGAGGGGAAGCGCAACCCCUGGAGCAGCUGCCGCAGAGCAACACCCUGGUGGGGCUGCCCAUUGUCGCCAUCGAGAGCAUCCUCGGCUUCCUCUCCUACGACGAGACCAGCCAGCUCCGCCUGGUAUGUAAGCGAAUGGACUUAGUCUGCCAGAGGAUGCUGAAUCAGGGAUUUCUGAAAGUAGAAAGAUACCACAACUUGUGCCAGAAACAAGUUAAAGCACAACUUCCAAGACGAGAAUCAGAAAGGAGAAAUCAUUCACUAGCUCGCCAUGCAGAUAUUCUUGCUGCUGUAGAAACAAGGUUGUCGUUGCUGAAUAUGACAUUCAUGAAGUAUGUGGAUUCUAACCUCUGCUGCUUUAUACCUGGAAAGGUGAUUGAUGAAAUUUAUCGUGUGUUAAGGUAUGUAAACUCUACCAAAGCUCCUCAGAGAGCCCAUGAAGUCCUCCAAGAGUUAAGGGACAUUUCAUCUAUGGCAAUGGAGUACUUUGACGAGAAGAUUGUUCCAAUUCUAAAAAGAAAGUUACCAGGAUCAGAUGUAUCAGGACGUCUUAUAGCAGCAGCACCAGUUCCAGGUCCUUCUGCAGCCUUAACAACAAUGCAGCUCUUCUCCAAACAAAAUCCAUCAAGGCAGGAGGUCACCAAACUGCAGCAGCAAGUUAAAACCAAUGGUGCAGGUGUGACUGGGCUAAGGCGGGAAAUUUCGGAGCUUCGCACCAAAGUGCAAGAACAGCAAAAGCAGCUCCAAGACCAAGACCAGAAACUGCUUGAGCAAACCCAGAUCAUCGGAGAGCAGAACGCCCGACUGGCAUAGAGUCAAACGAAACCAGCAGAGGUUAUGAAAGUGCAGUAGGGAAGUUCCUAGGUUCUGCCUGAAUGAGGAAACUCCUAGGAAGCGGAAGAAAGCUGUUGAAUCAAUAGGUUCACUUAGGAAGUCAAAACGCCUUCGGAAUAACAAAUAACUAUGGAAUAAACGAUACCUCCCAGAAGAAUGCACUGCUUUAGCAGCCCAAGCAGGUUGUCUGGUCUGGAUACUGAAAUUCACAGCAUGGUCUUGAUUAGCCUGCUGGUUCUUCAGCACACCAUAGACUUGAACAACAAUUUCCUCUUUUUCGCUAAGACAUUUCUUUUCCCACCCCCACCCGCCCUGCUUCUGUUUGAGUGGGCCCUACUGUACAGGAUUGUGAUAAUUUGCCAUAGAUUUGUACUAACCAGACUUGUUCUGAAAAGUUAACUUUUCUGGGUAGGUGCUUAUUAAAGUGAAAUUUAUGUUUCUGUUCCUAUGCCGGAGUACCUUGUUGUCAGAUUAAUUCUGAGUUUAUUUUAAAUUGGUAAACAGCAAAUGUCAUGCUCACUUGAAAAGACCCACUUUUUAGAAUCUUGUUUUGAAAAAAAGGGGUGCUUUUUUGUUGCAAGUGACCUUGUUUUGAAUGUCUGAAAAGUAGUUUAUACACAUGGAAGUCUGCAUAACAAGUAAAGAAUUCUUAAGCUACAGCAUUGGCUAUUUAUAUUUUUGUAAAUUGAGCAAGCAACUGACUUCAGUCUAAUUUUCACAAAUGCAUACCCUACUUCUAAGCGUCUGGAGCCAUAUUUUACCUUUGCAUGGAUAGGUGCAUGCAUUGCUUAGUCAGCUUGCUGAAGCACUUGCCUGGAGUUGCUAUUAAAUCUGCCUCUCCCAAUGUUUGUAGAAAAUGUUUGUUUUGUUUUCCCUAGCCAGGACUCUGCACAUGCUUUUAGCAUAGCUUUCAUUUCUUGUGAAGCCAUUUUGUCACACUAUAGCAGGACCUUAUGAAAGCUGGGCUGUCUGGUGGUUUUGCCGCCUGUAGGUUGCCGAUAUUCUUAUCUAAAGCAGCAUUUCAGAGUUUGUUUCUCUUGCCUGCUGGUUUCUAGUUGUACACAACUGAUACUGGUUCAGCAGUCAAAAGAUUGGUGUUUGGGGGGGAAAGUGACUUCUGUUCUUUACAGUUUUAAAUGUUUGUGUUCAGAAAGUUCUCAUUGAUAUGUGGACAGAACUGUCCAUAAUACUAAUUGUAUUAUAGUGUUUCUUAAAUCCUAAAGAAGGAAAUUGACUUCAGACAGCUUUAAUUUCUUUUGCACUCCUGCUUUGAAGUUGUAACUGGAAAAGCAUGCCUCACACUGUACAGUCUCUGGAUUUGUUACUUUAACAGCCUCCAAAUUGUAUUGUACAGUGAUUUAUUUUCCCUGGUUGUAUAUUUAAAAAAAACCCUGGAUAGCUAUUUCCAUCCAUUGUUUUAAUUUGAUGUUACUAAACAAUUGUUCUGUUGUUCAGCUAUUACAUUUUUCUCUGUCACUGUGUUUGCCCAGCUGCCAAGUCCUGUUCUUGGGAACAGAAGUUAAAUUUGAGUGAUGGCUCUGAAGGCUGCUUUCGAACUGAAUAAUUUCUCAAGUACCUUGGAUUAAAAUGGUAGCUUUUUUCUCAGUCAAAGAUAAUAUAAAGCUUUCAUUUAGACCAUUGUGGGCUUUUUAAAAACCCUGUUAAUCAGUUGUUUAAUUAAUGAUUGGAAUAAGUUUCCUAUAAAACAAAACAUUGCAAAUUGAUGUCAUUCAUUUGAAGUGUUUAAUUUUAAAAAAUUAUAUUUCUGUUUUGCCAUCUCAAGGCCCUUUUACUAUGUGUGUGUUUUCUUUUAAAUGGGAGCAGGCUAUUGUAUUUUAGCAGUGAGUAAACACUGAAUUGUCACAUGGAUAAUAUAACAGUUGUUAAAUCA